AUGUCAAAAGCCCAGGACCGACAGAAAAGCUAUGCAGAUCGGAGACGGAGACCUUUGGAGUUCUCUGUGGAUGAUCAUGUGUUCCUGCGAGUGUCUCCUAUCAAGGGAGUUAGGAGAUUUGGAUUGAAAGGGAAGUUAGCUCCUUGUUACAUCGGACCCUUUCAGAUACUUGAGAGGAUUGGUGAGGUAGCGUAUCGAUUGGCACUGCCACCUUCACUUGCCGAGGUGCAUGAUGUGUUUCACGUAUCUAUGCUGAGGAAAUACGUGCCGCACCCUACGCAUAUUUUGACAGAUGUAUCGAUCACCCUUCAGCCAGAUGUGACAUAUGAGGAGAUUCCAGUACGGAUAUUGGAUCGCAAGAAACGCCAGCUGUGGAAUAAGACUACCCGACUGGUCAAGGUUGGAUGGGAGCAUCAUUCAGAUGACGAGGCAACCUAG